AUGGCCGACCCCAAUCUCAAGCAAAGGCAUAAGGCCUCAGCUAUGCCAGCACCCGUACCGGAUUUUGGAGGAGGAACUAAGGAAAAGGCCAUUGGAGAUCAUCCUUCUGGUGAAGUUAGACACGGAUUUGUCGCACAAGUUUGCAGAUUGUUAAGCUUCGCGACUUAUUUCUGGGCUGCUUGUUCUACGAUUCAAGCUACCCAACUGAUCGGCAUACCUUUGUACUGGAUAAACCGAGAUAUAUACUAUUCAUGGAUGGCACUCACGAAACAAUCUUUCGGCCUUGUAAUAACGACCAUGACACAAUGGUGGAGUCCAACAGUGGUUAGAAUAAGUGGUGAUGCUUCGGUAGCGGGGCAAUUGCGCAAAACUGCCGAUGGGAGAGCAGAAUGCCAUUUCCCAGAAAGAUUGAUUUUGAUCGCGAAUCAUCAGCUUUACACAGAUUGGCUUUACCUCUGGUGGGUGGCUUACACUAAUCAGCCUCAAACACAUGGUUAUAUUUAUAUUAUUGCAAAAAACUCUCUUAAAUGGGUUCCGAUUAUUGGUUGGGGAAUGCAGUUUUAUAAUUUUAUAUUCAUGUCGAGGAAGAUGGAAAAAGACCGACCGGUAAUGGCCCAUCGAUUCAAGCAACUUCAAGAGAAACGACCAGGGGCUUUGGAACUCGAUCCUAUGUGGCUUCUAUUGUUCCCCGAGGGUACGAAUGCAAGCGACAACAGAAGAGAGGCGAGUGCAAGAUGGGCAGAGAAGAUAGGUGUUAAGGAUAUGGAACAUGUUCUUCUUCCAAGGAGUACUGGCUUAUUUUUUAGUUUGAACGAGUUAAAAAAGACGGUCGAUUAUGUAUACGAUUGUACAAUGGCUUACGAAGGUGUUCCGAGAGGGAAGUUUGGCCAGGAUUACUUUACUUUAACCUCCUCAUACAUCGAGGGACGGCCACCAAAAUCAGUGAACCUCUAUUGGCGUCGAUUCAAAAUCGCCGAUAUACCUUUGGAUAAUGCCGAAAAAUUUGAAGUAUGGCUACGGGAGAGGUGGUAUGAGAAAGAUGCUUUGAUGGAGCAAUACAUGGUUACUGGUCGAUUUCCGCCUAACGUGACUUCGAAAGAGGGGACUAUAGAGGAGUUCAUUGAGACCGAAGUCAAACCAAAGCAUUGGUGGGAAGUUUUCAACAUCUUCAUCGUUUUGGCGACUGUGGGGCUAGUUGCGAAUCUAUUCACCAAGGCUUGGAACUUGGCCUUGUAUGGUAGCGUUAGGAAAUGA